UCAAAUCUCAUCUAACUAUGCGGAUACACUUUCGGGAUGCGGAGUUUCUAUGGAAUUCUCUGUUGGAUCAGUCACCAUGGAUUGUUCCUACAUAAAGCUUGGGGGAGGAUGGAAUACAAAGACAGAGCUUCAAGUCAUCGCAUCGUACAUGUCACCAAAACAACCAUUACAGUUCGAUUCAGAGUGCGAUUAAGCUCCUUCCCUUUUGCAGCAUAAAGACCUUUUGUAUCUAUACAUCAACCCAGGCAUGUCUUCUCAAAUUCCGCGACCUGCGCUCAAUUUAGAGCUUACCCAGGUGCAUAAAGCCCUCCCAAAGAUUGGGAUGAGCACCAAAGAAGAGCUCGAAUCUUACCGUCAAUUUUUAGGAUCGUCCUUCUCACUGGAGGAUGCGAUCCGAGGCAGAGAGGAUGUGCUCUCUUACGAAGAACGAGACAUACCAGGGCCAGCCGGACCGAUGAGGGCUACGAUAUUUCGUCCAAAGAACGAGACCCGGCGGAUAGAAGAGACACCAGGAGUCCUUUGCAUGCAUGGAGGUGGGCUGGUCAGUGGGAAUCGCUUUGUGGGUGUCAUCGGCAUGUUGGACUGGGUCCAGGCUCUCGGUGCUACCCUUGUGACUGCCGAAUACCGCCUCGCUCCUGAGCAUCCCCAGCCCGCAGCGCUGGAGGACAGUUAUGCAGCCCUCCAGUGGAUGAGCAAGCACUCUACAGCACUUGGAUUCAACCCGCGCAAAUUGGUUGUAUGUGGUGGCUCGGCAGGCGGGAAUCUCGCUGCGGGGGUUACGUUACUGGCUCGCGACCGAUCGGGACCUGAAGUCUGCGCUCAAGUACUGAUGUAUCCGUUACUCGACGAUAGUAACCAGGGCCAAUCUGUACAGCAAUUUGGUGACAUCGCUCCCUGGACUGGGUCGAACACUAUUGAUGCCUUGAGAUACGCUCUUGGCGAGAAUCACGAGCAUGCUGAUAUGUAUACCGUUCCUUCGCGCGCUACGAACCUCUACAGCUUGCCGCCCACAUUCAUUGACGUUGGCGAGGCGGACGCAUUCCGUGACGAAGAUGUGGCUUAUGCUGCGAACUUGUGGAAGUCUGGUGUAUCCACUGAGUUGCAUGUAUGGCCUGGUUGCUGGCAUGGUUUCGAUGCAUUUGUGCCAGAUGCGCCUAUUAGUCUGCAGGCGGGGGCUGUCCGUCUGAAUUGGCUCAAAAAAGUGCUCGAAAGUUCCUGAUAGAGUUAUCAAUAUGAAUACUUACGCAUUUGAUGGGGCUGUGGCGAUAUCCUUCCCUUAAUUUUAACUAUAUAUAGCUUCCAUGUGCCCAGCAUUGUUCUCCUGUACUCUUUACUUGAAUAGAUCACUUGCUACAUGUUUAUGGAACCUGACCUGUAUAAAAAUCAGCUAGACAGGAGUGAGGUUCGUAUCUCUCCCUACCAAAGACGACAAGAAGUUUAUUUUAAGUCUAACUUGAUCGUACUAUCAACUCAUUCGCUAUUCCCCCUCACACUGAUCAUAUACUCGAAAUUUGGAACCUUACGUUGAAGCUACACACAGUUUUGGCCAACUGAAAAGGGAUUAGCCAAUCAAUCCAGGCACACAUAAGGUUAGGGAACUAAUCCCGCUUAGGCCUAGAGCACGGGAACAACAUCCCAUGAAUGUCAAUUACUAGUCUCCAUCCUUGAUCAAAUCUUCCUCCCCG